UUCCGGGGCAGCGGCUCCUUCCUGCGGGAGGGCGGUGCAGGCAGUGCCCGGCCCGGCGCGGCCCGGCGGCCGCAGCAUGUGAGCCCGCGGGGCGGGGAUGCUCUGGCUGCUCUGCGGCCCCUCCGGUGCCAUGGACAGCCAGGCGCUCGUCAUCCGCAUCAAGAUCCCCGACGGAGCCGCCGUGGACUGGACCGUGCACUCCGCGCCGCAGCUGCUCUUCAGGGAUGUGCUGGAUGUCAUUGGUCAAGUUUUACCAGAUGCAACAACCACAGCUUUUGAGUAUGAGGAUGAGGAUGGGGAUCGGAUCACGGUCAGGAGCGAUGAGGAGAUGAAGGCCAUGCUGUCCUAUUAUUACUCCACUGUGAUGGAGCAGCAUGUGAAUGGACAGUUGAUAGAGCCUCUCCAGAUCUACCCACGAGCCUGCAAACCUCCCGGGAAACGGAACAUACAUGGCCUCAAGGUGAACACGCGCGCGGGGGCCGCCAACAGCGGCGCCUCGGCCGCCUCCGAGGCCCUCCCCAGCAAUAGCUUAAAAAAGUCCUCAGCAGAGCUGAAGAAAAUCCUUGCCAAUGGCCAGAUGAAUGAACAAGACAUUCGAUACCGAGACAUCCUCGGCCACGGCAACGGAGGCACCGUCUACAAGGCUUACCAUGUCCGUAGUGGAAAAAUCCUGGCAGUGAAGGUAAGAAAUUCCAGAUAUUUUAUUUUUUUUCCAUUUCUAUUUCUUGAAUCCAUGUCCCAGGACUGCAGAUCCCAGGAAUUUCCUUUAUGGAUAAAAGGAAUUUCCUUUAUGGAUAACCUGGAUCCAGGUGGAUCUGAGUCUUUUGGGAUGCUCAGGGGCACAAACUGGUGCUUCCCUGCUCUGCUGUUUGUCCCUGCAGGGGGAUCUCUGGAUGUUUACAGGAAAAUUCCAGAACACGUUCUCGGGAGGAUAGCGGUGGCUGUUGUGAAAGGCCUGACCUAUUUAUGGAGCCUGAAGAUUUUACACAGAGACGUGAAACCAUCCAAUAUGUUGGUGAACACCCGUGGCCAGGUGAAGCUCUGUGACUUUGGGGUCAGCACCCAGCUGGUGAAUUCCAUAGCCAAGACGUAUGUCGGAACAAAUGCUUAUAUGGCGCCUGAGAGGAUUUCAGGGGAGCAGUACGGGAUUCACUCGGAUGUUUGGAGCCUGGGCAUUUCCUUCAUGGAGCUUGCUCUUGGGAGGUUUCCAUAUCCUCAGAUUCAGAAAAACCAGGGAUCUUUAAUGCCUCUCCAGUUACUGCAGUGCAUUGUUGAUGAGGAAUCACCGGUGCUUCCAGCAGGAGAAUUCUCGGAGCCAUUUGUGCACUUCAUCACUCAAUGCAUGAAGAAGCAGCCAAAGGAGAGGCCAGCACCUGAAGAUUUAAUGGGCCACCCCUUCGUGGUGCAGUACAACGAUGGCAAUGCCGAGGUUGUGUCCAUGUGGGUGUGCAGGAUGCUGGAGGAGCGGCGAUCCCAGGGAGCGCAGUGAGCUCUGCAGCAUCCCAAGAGCUCCUCCCCGACCUGGAUCAUCACCACCUCUGGACUCUGACUUUAUCCAGAUCAUAUUUUACUCCAUUUCCUAGAAGCAUCGACAAAACCAGGAUUAUUUGUUGGCUGCCUUUUCCUCACCACCACGUUAAGGGGUUUUCUUGAUUGUUUCUUCUGUUGCUGAGCAGUUUCCAGGUUAUCUCCAGUUAUACUGUACACAGCCUUAAAGCAAGUAUUUUAUAUCUCUA